GGCAGUGCCUCAGUGUGAGCCUCAGCCCCCGCCCAUCGAUGUGAUGGGACAGGCCAGAUGACUACAGAGCAGGAGGGAGAGAGAGCGAGCAGCUGUAGACUGACUCUAUUGCGUGACUGAGCUUUUACCACAGAGACGCUUCCAGUGAACAAAUUGAUGAGGAAGAGAAGAGUGUUCAGGGUCACUAGGAAAUAACUGAAGUUGGAAAGGACCAUUAAGUGGUGAACAGAGUGAGACACCUGUUUAAGAUGAGCCUGAGCUUGGUGUGUUCCUCUUGUUGACACUCAUUCUUCUCACUUAGCCAGGCUCAGGUUCUCUUUAUGAAUUACAUUGGGUAGAACUGACAUGUGUUCAGACUCAGUUGGGAGGGACUGACUUUAUCCUGACUUCUGUCUGACUGCGACCUGUUGGACUCUACAAAGGAGAUAUGACACAGAACGGUACUGUGACUAGCAAUGGCAACGCUAAGAAGGGAGAAGAACUAAAAAUUGUUAUUGUGGGUGAUGGGGGAUGUGGGAAAACAUCCCUUCUAAUGGUGUAUGCCAAAGGAGACUUUCCAGAGGUAAGGACAGCAUGGCAUCUAGUGGCAUCUCUUGAAAUGUUUGCUUAUUAGAAUAAGGAAGUAAGUGUGUUCAUGAACAUAAUUGUUUUAGAUUAAGAUAAUCACCCUUAAAAAUAAAAUAAAAAUAAUAUUCAGUCAUUAUUAAUUUGUGCCCUUUUGAGGGUGACAUCACCAAGCCAUACUCAGAGUUUUGUUCCUGUCAUGAAAGUAGCCUAAUGAUUAUCUCCACUCUAUCAUGAAAUGAAUGUAAAAGUAUAUUGUUUAUAUCAUUCAUCUUACUAACUUAUUUCUUAAUACAAAUAAAACAAGUUAUUUUAUCGCCAUCUCCAUUAUUUUAAGUUUUGGUCAGCAGAUUUAUGCUUAGUUCAUUAUUCAAGUUCAGACUGUAAUACCAACACUGUCCGUUCCAGUAUAAACAACCUUUUGAAUUAAACAAUUUAGAUGCAAAUAUAUUCAUUUUUCACUGCAUUAACUCUCCCAAACAAAGUAAUGGUAAGUUAGCACAAAUAAGUAACACUAUUCUAAAUAUAGGCUUCCUUCUCCAAAGAUAAUGAUUUGUAACAUAAUUACAUUUUAGUCAUUUAGCAGAUGCUCUUAUCCAGAGCAACUUGCAUACAUUUAUUAAAUUUUUCAUACUGGCCCCCUGUGGGAAUCAAACCCACAACCCUGGCGUUGCAAACACCAUGCUCUACCAACUGAGCUACAUCCCUGCCAGCCAUUCCCUCCCCUACCCUGGACAACGCUGGGCCAAUUGUGCGCUGCCCCAUGGGUCUGGAUUCGAACCAGGAUCUCUAGUGGCACAGCUUAGACCACUGUGCCACAGCUUAGACCACUGUGCCACUCGGGAGACAUAAUGAAGUUAUUCUCCUAGACAGAACAUUACAUGUAUAUAAGAUCUAUGGCACUUUAUCCAGUUUUGGUUUAAUUAAAUUGCCUCAAUUGUGUGCAUUUACAGUAUCCCGUUGAUGAAAUUCAAAAUGAUUGAAAUACUGAAUUUCUUUCUCCCUUUGUCAUUUCUGUUAAACAGAAGUAUGCUCCGUCUGUGUUUGAGAAAUAUGUCACCACAGUCACGUAUGGAGGGAAAGAGAUUCGGCUCAACCUCUAUGACACAGCUGGUAAGGUCCCCUAUCCAACAUAAUCAUUAUUAAGUAUCUAUAGAUCAAGAAGAGGGUUCUGUUCCUGCACAAUGGGCAGGUAUGUAGGGUGUGGAUCAUUGUUCUGUGGGUGUGGAGUCACCUUGCCUGUCAUGCUUGAGCAGAGGUAUUCUGGUAGCAUAUCUUUGAUCAGCUAGGUGGAACAUAAAGCUAGAUAGAAGGAUAUAAUUGUGUCAGAGGUCAAUGCAAUCCAAACAUUGGGUUCAGAACAGAGAUUCUAAAAUGCUUUCAAUUAGAAACUAAUAUAGCCAUCUGUGAAAAAAAAUAUUGUGACUUAUUUAUCCUCUUGUUUUCUGGAGAAUAAACCGUCAAAACAGACAUGGGACUAGUGUCUUAUGACCAUCUCUAUGACUGGAAACUUUUUCUCCAAGCAAUGUGUUGCGUUGAAAUGUCAUAAUGGAGUAUUGCAGAUUUACUGUCUGACUUUGUAGUUAAUAACAAUUGUACACAUUUUUAUACUAACCCACCCACCACCCCCCAAUUACAUUGUUUUUGUAAACUAUGAGUAUGACACAUCUCACUAAAUAUUACACCUUGCCCUCUCAGAGCACUGAUGCAAUGACAAGCAGCAGUGUUGCAGAAAGCUGCUGUGACAGAGGAUGUGGUGGAGGCUCAUCUAUAGAAAUUAUGUUUGUAGCUGUAUUUGCAUCUGAGUGGUUCUUCGAUACUUUCAACAAGACAUUGUCAACGAAAGCUCAGACUAUCAGCUCAAACGGCUAGAUAUUGAAUUGAAAAUCUUAAUUUUGUCAUUUACGUGGCACUAGCUUCUAAAUAAUAACUUUAUUCUGUUGAAUUGUUUACUCGAUUUUCUAGUUUUUCAGCUCCUUGUUAUGGAUAUUGUAAAUCAUAAAUAGAGUACCACAGUAUGAGUCAUAUUACCCAUAAAACCUAGUGGUCAAACAAGGAAAUGGUUCCAAAAACUAUGAUCCCUUACUGAUGUCACAUGUUAAAUCCACUUCAAUCAGUGUAGAUGAAGGGGAGGAGACAGGUUAAAGAAGGAUUUUAAAGUCUUGAGACAUGGAUUGUGUAUGUGUACCAUUCAGAGGGUGAAUGGGCAAGACAAAAUAUUUAAAUCUCUUUUAACGGGGUAUGGUAGUAGGUGCCAGGCACACCGGUUUGAGUGUGUCAAGAACUGCAACACUGCUGGGUUUUUCACACUCAACAGUUUCCCGUGUGUAUCAAGAAUGGUCCACCACCCAAAGGACAUCCAGCCAACUUGACACAACUGUGGGAAGCAUUGGAGUCAACAUGGGCCAGCAUCCCUGUGGAAGGCAUUCGACACCUUGUAGAGUCUAUGCCCCCAACAAAUUGAGGCUGUUCUGAGGGCAAAAGGGGGUGCAACUCAAUAUUAGGAAGGUGUUCCUAAUGUUUUGUACACUGUGCAUUUUAUGGUUUUAUCCAGACUAGUGGAAUACUUGGCUUCCUGAGAAGUUAGUUUCAGAAAUUACUUUAUACUUGUUCUCUAUCAAUACUGGAUAAUGCAAACCACUCCCCUCUAGAAAUGUAAAUUUCACGUAUUGACUAAUAACAGUGGCAGAAUGAUCUACUUACUAUGUUGGGGGUGGAUUUUGGUGUUUCCAAGGACAACCUAUCACAUGUCAUAGUACAGUGUCUCCACUGUGCGUCAUCGGCUUAUCUUAGCCUAACUGCCGGAACAGCCACUUUAUUUGACAGGAAAAGGAAGUUGAAGCCAGGAUGUGGUUUUAUAACUCACCCCCAGCAUGGUUCAGUAUCAACUCAUUCCAUACUACAGGUUGUUAGAAGAAGAAAAAAUGGUCUCUAUUUUCUUUCUAUAAGUUCACCAAACACUUCACAUUGAGUGUGUAUUUGUAUGUCAAUUUCUUCAGGCCAAGAUGAUUACGAUCGUUUGAGGCCACUCUCCUACCAGGAUGCCAACCUGGUGUUAGUUUGUUAUGACGUGACCAACCCCACCAGUUUUGAAAAUGUCUUAAUCAAGGUAAGCUCAUUGAUCAUGAUUCAUCUACGAUGUGACAUUAUCCAGUGACAGCCAAUGACAUUAAUAUUCUGCCCAACAACAGCCAAUGAAUGCUAAGUAAGCAGCUAACCACAGCAGCUAACCACAUUUAAGGGCCUGCAUGUUUUGCUACGAUCCCAGUACAGUGCAUAAUAGAUCUAGUGAGUAUUGUCUGUACAAACAAGCACAACAUUAGUCACCACAGAGGUGGGAAAGGGAUUGCGAGUUCACCGCUUAUCAGUUGUUAGAUGUCACGUCUAGGCAGGAAUUUAGUUUGAUGAAUGAUUGUUGGAGAUUGACUUUGAUAUGAACAUGUACAUUCUUCUGACUUUGCUCGCUACUUGUGACUCAACCAGAGCACAUGAACUUUAACCCCAGUGGCUUGGCCUGAAAAACAAACAGGACUGUGCUGGAAGCCUCCCUCAAUGAGCAGGGAAAUGUCAAUACAGAGCCAUGAAUGCAAACCAUGUGAAUAAAUCAAGGGGAAUGCAGUCAGAGUGAGACUUUGUAAGCACAAAACAUUACAGCAAGGGAGGGGGGGGUGGUAAAUACAAAAUAAAACACGCCUACUUGUAGAACCGAUACCUGGGUGGACGUAGAGCCAAACCAAACAACCUGUCAAUGUAGUAUUUUUGUCUGCUAUUUUAUAAGUAUCUGUUUCCUCCGUUGGGUCAUUGAUAAACCUUAUUGCUAGUUGUUCAUGGGUCCAGUCAAUGAAAACAUGAAAACAGUGCAAACACCAUGAUCCCGAGUGUAAUCCCAAUGUGACAGUUUGAGCUCCUUCCUUCCUUGACCUCCGACCUCUACAUUCACUAUUGUGUUCUGCUGUCUCACGCAGUGGUACCCGGAAGUUAACCACUUCUGUCGCGAUGUUCCUGUCAUUCUGAUUGGCUGUAAGACUGACCUGAGGAAGGAUAAGGAGCGUACCAGGAGACUCAAAGCCAUGGACCAGGCUCCUAUCACUUACACACAGGUGAGGAUCAACUUGUCCUCCUGAUGACAGGGUUUAUACACAUAACUUGAGUUGUGGUGCUUUGACUUUAACCAUUUCAUUUGAAUUAUGGAUCAUGGCCUUCAAAUGCUUGAUCCUAGAAAACCUUCUCUGAUUUGCCCUGUGUACCAGUCUCCAAUUCUGAUCUAGUACUCCCUGUCAUCCAGUGAAUGCUCUUUGUUUGGUUCCACAGGGUGAGGAGACAAGGCGGCAUAUGAGUGCUGAGCUUUAUCUGGAAUGUUCAGCCAAAUACCGGGAGAACGUAGAGGAUGUUUUCAGAGAUGCCACCAAAAAAGCACUGGCAUCCAGCCGCAGAGCAAGACACCGUACGAAGAAGAGGCAUUGUGUCGUCCUGUGACCUCAUUCUAGUGAAAGGCUUGAAGUCCAUUGACACAACGGGACACCCUGUCCUCUGGUCUUCCAUGCCAAAGCUACACAAUCUGCUGCUUGGCUUUUAUAAACAACUGCUUGCCACAUCCUGGGUCAUCCUAAUUCAAUUUCAACAAGAGCCUGUUCCAUCCCCAGCCAACUCAUGCCUUUGGGAUCUGGACAAUGAUAUUGAACACUGAACUAAUGUCUGGUAAGAUCUUCUAGGGCAGAGAUGGAAUUCCUGCUAGUUCUGUGGGCGCAAGGUCUAUGCAGGGAUUCUAGAGUGGUUUUGUUAAUGGAUAUUUCCACAUUAGACCAGGGUGUAAAUUGGCAUAUAAAAGCAAAGUGAGAUUGUGCUUCAUAUACUUUUUUCAAAUAUCUUUUUAUCAAUUACUGAAUUGCUAUUUUUACUUUUAUAAAGGAUUUGUUAUGCCUAU